AGCCUGGAUUCACAGACAGCUGUGAGGAAGACUUUUGAGAGAUCCCACACCAGGAAGCAAGGACCCUUCAGCCCUCAUGGCCGCCAGAGUCUUGAGGAAACAAUUCAUUCAGGAUGUCACUGAGUAUCUACAGGACACGGUCAGCAAAAAAGACCUGCAGCUCCUGUUGACCAAAGAUGAAGCCUGGAAAGUGUUAGUGGCAGAGGCUGAACUGUCCAGAGAUGAGGAAGCUUCACUGCAUGAGGCUCUGAAGCUGCUCCUGAAACUCCCCACCUGGGAGGACAAAGUCAGACUUCAAAAGGAACUGCAGGACAGGAAGAAGUUUGUGGAAGCUUUUCCUCAGUUGAAAAGGAAGCUGCAGGAAAACAUCAGGAAGCUCCGAGCUCUGGCCGACCAUCUUGACCAGGUGCACAAGGGCUGCACCAUCUCCAAUGUGGUAACCAACUCCACCAGCGCUGCCUCAGGCGUCCUGAGCAUCCUGGGUCUGGCUCUGGCACCCGUGACAGCAGGGGGUAGUCUGCUGCUCUCCGCAACUGGCCUGGGACUGGGAACAGUAGCCACUGUGACUGGAGCUGCCACCGAGAUUGUGGAGCAAACAAACAAGUGGUUGGAUGAGGCUGAGGCCAGGCGCCUGUUGUCAGACACCAUGGACACUCUAAACACAGCUCUUGUCCUGGGUCAGAAAGCACUCAAACUUAGUAAAAAAGCCUAUGAUGUCAUCAAGCAAUUGAAAAGCUUGGGACAGCACAUUCGUGCCAUUAGGGUAGCCAGAGCCAACCCUCGCUUACUUGCAGAUGCCAAGCGCCUCAUGACUUCUGGAAGACUCUCUGCCCCACAUGCUAGUCAGGUACAGAACGCCUUUGAAGGCACUGCUCUAGCAAUGACCAAAAAAGCCAGAAUCAGGGGUGUAGCCACUGCAGGUGUCUUCCUUGCCAUGGAUGUGUAUUUCCUUGUGAGGGACUCGAUGGAAUUAUGUGAUGGCGCAAAAUCAGAGUCAGGCAAUAAACUGCGGGCCCUGGCUCAGGAGCUGGAGGAGAAGUUGAAAGAGGUUGCCCAGAUCUACAAGAGCCUCCUGGUGUCUUACUGACGGCCGCCCCAAAGAACACGGAGGUCGGUGGAGAUGAUCUGGACAGAUAGGAGGCACUGAGGCAAUUGUUAGAGGGGGAAUGAGAUGAUCAGCUUUCACUGUCUUCUUGACACAAUCUAGAAUCGUGUGGGGAGAGAGUCUCAGUGUGCGAUCCUCUAGCUCAAUGUCCUGUGGGCCUGCCUGAGAGAGACUUUUCUAAGUGACUCUAAUUAAUGUGUGUGUCCAUUCCUCCACCGUGGGUGGCAGUGUUCUCUAGAUAUGGAUUCUGAACUGUACAAUAAAAAGCAGACUGAGCACCAGU